AUGGGCCUCACCGUUAACACACAUGCUCGUUCGCGGGCCGUGUCGACCGCCGAUGUCCUCCGCCCGGAGGACAAGCAUAUUGCAGGGCUGGUGAAGAGUCUAGAUACCCUCGAUAGCAGUUCCCGCAGCGCUCUGCAGCAAAGUCUUGAGCAGUCCACAUGCCUGCAGCAACUGCGGCACUUCCUCAAGGAUGACAGCGACCUCCAUGGCGCUCAUAGCGGCUUCCGACGUGCGGGUGGCUUUCAGGCAGUACUUGGUCUCCUUCAUUGCCUUGUCGACAGUUGCGCUGCUCCAGUUGAUUCCUCUGCCCCAGUGAAAUUCCUUCUGCAGACCUUGUCUCAAUUGUUCGGAGUCCUCGGAGCAGCACUUGAAAGACAUGAGGGAAACCAAAGGUACUUUAGAACGAAAGUGGACAAUGGCGGAUGGCAUACGCUCCAGUCCACCCUGGAAAAGCUCUUCCUUAUUCUAACAUGUGAGACCCGGGACGAAUUGUACCUGGAGCAGUUCUUCGGGAUUCUCUUCGCCGUUGCGACCGGGGUGGAAAUGAUCAACGACAUCUACACCUCUGUGGACAGGUCCACUAGGUCUACGAAAUCUGAGGAUGAGUCCGUACCGUCGGCAAACACGGUGGCUUCAGUGAAGGUGGGCAUAGUCAAGGCACUGGCGAAUGUGGGAGAACUGGUAGUGCCAGAGCUAUCGACUGUGAUUCUUGCGCUUUGGUUUACGGGCAUCAAGGCUAGGAAAGUCCCGCAACGGUGCCUGAGAGUCGCAGUACCGCUAAGUCUGAAAGAGUUGUUGUCAAUGUCAAGACACAACAUCGUCUCUGCCCACACCGCCGGUGCUUUCUCUGCGAGUCUCAAAUUGAUCUUCGAAGAGCAACUAUCAGCCACUGAGAGAAGCUUGUUUAAGGAGGUUGCGCUGCUGCUAGGUCAGGAGGGUGUAUCGAGCCUCGAGGAUGCUCAAUUCCUCUUCAAGCAAGCCAGCACAUCCUCUGAGGCCGCGUCCUUCCUCCACUCUGCAAUCGAUGUGUCCCGGCAGCCACCUAGUCUGCAGUUCGAUUUGUCCCACCACGGCUAUGCUUCAACAGAACUUGGCACCCUUGGCCGUCCGUUUCCACCACUCGACACCCCGGGCUACACUCUGAGCCUGUGGGCACGAUUCGACGCCUUCGACCCUCAAGCUCACACAACACUCUUUGGUGCCUUUGACAGAACCCAAACCUGUUUCGUUCUUGCGUACUUGGAGAAGGACACUCGCCACCUCAUCCUACAGACUGCAAUUCAGGGCAACAGACCCAGCGUUAGGUUCAAGUCAAUCGCUUUUCAACAUGAGCGCUGGUACCACGUCUGCAUCGUGCACAAGAGACCGCGCACUACCUCUUCCUCCAAAGCCUUGCUAUUUGUUGACGGCGAGUUCGUCGAGCAACAGAAGGCUAAUUACCCUUCUACUCCUCCAAGUGAUCGCGGGCCGAACGUCAAGGUACAAGCGUUCUUUGGUACACCCCAGGACCUCUCUCCGAAUCCUGCAGGCGUGGCUUGCUUGUCAAAAUGGUCGUUAGGCCCGGCAAUCUUGUUCCAGGACACAAUCAGCGACGACCUGAUCUCUGUCUUCUACCAUCUUGGCCCUAAAUACCAUGGCAACUUUCAGGACUGUCUUGGGUCCUUCCAGACCUAUGAAGCUUCUGCAGCACUCAAUCUCAGGAAUGAACUGCUGCAUCCGGGGAAAGAGGAGCAAUCGGAGCUAAUCAUGGCCAUUCGACAUAAAGCAAGCAAUCUCAUCCGCGAAGAGAAACUCCUUAUCAACAUCUCACCAGCAACCAUUCUUGACAACGAUGACCGGAACAACAUCGACGAAUCACAGUUGAUCAAGUCUCUGUCAAAGGUGGCAGCGAAGAACCUGAUUAGUUACACACGGUCCGGUACGAACGCUGUUGCCAUUAAUGGUGCAGUUCCAGCUAUCAAUGAUGCAUUGACUCAAGCUCGGGGUGUGCUCAUGCUCAUGGGCGAUCCGACGGUGGCAGUUCCCCAGUCUUUGGAUGAUGCUAGUUGGCGACUCGGCGGUUGUGGCGCCAUCGGCUUAGGUCUCGUUCAGCGAGCACGAACCACGGAGGAUGUUGCUCUUGCAGUUGAUAUCCUGCUCGAAACUGUUCGGCACAGCUGGAGGAACAGCGAGGUGAUGGAGAGGGAUGGCGGUUACGCAAUACUGGCAAUGCUGCUGAAAGAGAAGCUGACCCUGCCAACUCAGAACAAUGGCGAUUCGGCAAAGGUUGGAUGCGCGAUGCCGACUUCGAGGCUCGACAGGAGCGGGCUGAGCGUGCGGGUCUUGAGUUCCAUUCUUGCAUUCACCGGGUACAACUCGGAAGAGCUGACGAAAUCCGUGAUCAACAACCCUUUAGCUUACAAAGUCCUGGUUGCUGAUACCAGUCUCUGGCGAUGCGGCCCCAUUUCUGCGCAGCAAGUGUACUUCGAGCAAUUCUUGGUGUUCGCCGAGCACAGCGAGUACAAGCGCUUCAACUUGAAAAGAUUGACAAGGAUGCGAGUUUUGAAACGGCUCAUGGAGGCUCUGAAGUCGGAGCCGGUCUCUCGUAUCAUCAUGCCUCAGUACAUGGCAGCCGUCAAGGCUCUUUUGCCGCAAACAUUGUCCGCGGAGACCUUACGCUCCUUGGCUCUCUUUGUCACAUUCUCAGUCAACAAGCGGAACAAGGGCUUGCAAGUGCGCAAGCCGACACGCAAGGAGGCGCGGCAACAUAGCUCGUCUAACGGAUCGUCGCACGCUCCCCAGGAAGAGUCCAACUUGUCCCACUUCGAGAUCGGGAUGGAGGUUCUGCGCCUGUACUCCGAGAUGCUGUGCCGCAAGGACGACGACAGUCUCAUUAAGAAAUUUGCCAAAACCGUGACAAAUAAGUGGCUGCUGUACCUACUGUCCGAAACUUCACCAGAAGUUGUGGUGCUGUCGAUGAGGAUAUUGGCCCGAUUGCUCGUCGUUCAUGGUGACACGUACGUCAAGAAGUUUAAAGACUCGGCGAAAACUUCAGGCUUCACGGUUAUGGCUUAUCGAUUGAAGAGAUGGUGGCACCUGCCUGCCCUGUGGCCUUCCCUGUUUGCUAUCCUAUUUGAUCUUGAUGUGGCAGAUCUUGACCUUGACAGGAGUUUCGACCUGUUCAAUCUCGUUGAUCUCUUUGCGAACAAGAAAGAAAUAGCUGUUGUCUACCCAGAAAUCCUUGAGGUCAUUAUGGGUAUGCUACAAAGCGGGUUGAAGACAAUCGUAUCAUCAAAGCGGCAUCAGGCCGCCACUUCGUUGGCUCCACCAGAAGAUUUGAGCGGUCCCCCAGAGCGACUUUCCAUGUCGACAAUGGCACCCCCAAAUCCGCUGCUUACCAUUGUGACAAGUCAGCAUGUCGGAACCUUCAACACGGUCGUUCAAUUUCUUGCGGACCUCCACACAAGAUCACAGAAGUUUCGAGACUUUGCAAUCACCUCAACCUACAUUCAAGAUCUGCUCGCCGUCCUGUUCCCCGUCGUAGUUGGCUCUGAUACGGUUGAAGCAAAGACUGAACUGGAUGCUCGCGAUUCCAUGCUCACGUUCGAUGGUGGAGACGUCGUUGUGCAUCCGCUUUCAACCACUCCUCCAGUAGUCCGAACCACUGCAGACACUUCAUCUUCGGCAACCAGAGGGAAGACACUUGGCAGAGGUUCGUCGUUCGUUCUGGUCACCAAGGAACAUGCUCAUCAGAACGGUUUGUUGUCCGUGACGGCGGUUCCGAGCUCACCUACCGCGAAGGCGGCAAUCAAGAAGCUGCCGGAUCUCCAGGAAGGACAUUCAAUUGUCCAAAGCUUGCUGGAGAUUGUCAUAUCGGUCUUCAUGGAUCAAAUCCUUGUUCGAAGGGAAUUUCCAGGGCUCGGCCUUUUCUUGAAGACCCCUCCAGGCUUCGUUGAACACCAAACCUACUUUGAGACGUGGAUCCUGAGGAAUACCUUAUCGCAACUGUCGAAUCAAAUAGCGUUGGAUCAAAAAAUCCUCACUGAGCCCAGGGUCUUGAUCAAUUUGGCACGCCUGUUUGGGCAUCUGGAAGAGGCGCUCUUUGAGGGAUGGUUCAUUGGCGGCGCAGAUCCUGUCCUUGAUUUGUCUGGAUCGAUCUUGGAAUACCUCCAGCGCCCAGAUAUCGCGAAGCUGAAACCCGUGCGACUGUGUGCGCAGACAAUUACCAUUAUUCGUGCUGUCGUCUUCCGCAUAGUUGUGCUCAGCUUGUCCUCGAUUCACGACAAUGACUCAUUACCUUUCCUGGCAAAGUUGACGUAUUGGCAGACCGUUCUUCUCUCCGGAGAGGAGACCCUGUCGAUACAUCUGCAACUUAUUUGUUACUUACUCUAUGCCAAUCUCAUCUCAUCAGCGGACGCCGUACGCGAAGCAGCUUCGAAUCUGUGGAGAAUCAUACUCGUCCAGAAACCUGACGAGGCAGCGGCGAUUUUCGGACAGACCGCCAAUUCCGAGCAAAAAGGACUAGCUAGUGGCUUCUCAAAGUUAGUUGAGCUUGACAACGAGAGUUUCCUCUGUUGGGUAGAUGAGCACCGAAACGAAUUGGAUUCCUUAUUUUUCGACACACUGUCAAAGCACUGGAACGCCUUUGUAACAGCUGAAAACAAGAGGACCGAAGAAAAUGGCACAAUGAGAAUUGCUCGCCGGCGAGAGAAAGUCAAGCAGUGGGCGCGGGAAGAAGCCGACCGUGACGAUCUUAUUCGCCGUCAUGAGCUCGCUUUCGAGAACUGGACCGCCAAUAUUUACUCUUCUGAAUAUCUCAAGCACCAAAGAAUGCUCCAGGAUCAGCAAGACGACCUCCUGUACACCGAAACCAGCUUCAACCGGAUGCAAAGAGACACAAGCAGACCAGCUGGGCUCUUUGCUAUAGACAAACCUCGAAAGUGGAGACUAGAUCAGACCGAGGGCAGAAAUCGAAUGCGGAUGCGCCUGCACGAAGACUUCACGUAUACCGGAGAAGAUCAGCAGCCGAAAAGAAAGGGCUCUGACAUGCCGCAGCUUCGGCUUGACACCCGGAAUACCAAGCUGUCCACGGCUGAGUCGAUCGGAGUGACACCAGGCGGAGCAACGCCACUCACGGAGACCCCAGGCCGAGAGGAGCCUGGUAGUGAGCCAUUUCCUCGGCUUCAGGAAGCCACGGAACAACCUGCAGGCCGUGAAGCCGGUAACGAAGAACAAAAUGAGCUGGAAGAGGGUGAAGAAAGCUUUGAGCUGGUUGAGGAUCCUAAUGCUGAGUUGGAUGACUUCGAGGACAAGAACCGGAAGGUGAUGCGCAGCCUUCACCGAGGUGAUCAAGUCAAGCACGUCGCCAACAUCUCACGUAUUCUGGGCUUGGAGGCCGUAGAAGGAUUACUCAUCCUGGGAAAGGACUACAUCUACAUACUCGACAGUUUCUUUCAACGGACCGAUGGCGAGAUUUUGAAUGUCUGGCAAGCGCCACAAGAAGAGCGUGAUCCCUAUGUGCGGAUGAUCUCCGGCCGCAAUGUCACGGAGCGCAAAACCGUCUCGCGCAGUGACGAGCAUGGGACGCGAAGCUGGAAAUGGUCCGAGAUUAUCAGUGUCUCGAAACGCCGAUUUCUGUUUCGAGAUGUUGCAAUCGAGAUCUUCUUCGGUGACGGCAGAAGCUACUUGCUGACCGUCAUCUCGCCUCAAAUACGAAACGACUUGCACGGUCUCAUUAGUGCUAAAUCCCCUUCACCCACUGGUACGGGCAGUCCCUCGGAGACCGCCUGGCGCUAUGAGACAUUGCGCAGUGUCGAUGACGAGCCGCAGACCCUCGGAUCUAAGUUCGCAAACGUGUUCGGCCAGCAGUCCAAUUAUCUUGCCGCUACCCGGAAAUGGCAGAAGGGAGAAAUGUCGAAUUUCCACUACCUGAUGCUAAUCAACACCAUGGCCGGACGAACUUACAAUGACUUGACCCAGUAUCCGGUAUUUCCAUGGGUCAUUGCCGAUUACACGAGUGAAGAGCUGGACUUCACCGAUCCUCGAAGCUUCCGCGAUCUUUCUAAACCUAUGGGCUGUCAGACACCCGAGCGUGAGCGGGAGUUCCGAGACCGAUACCAAACCUUUGCGGAGAUGGGUGACAGCAGCACGCCCGCUUUUCACUACGGCACGCACUAUUCGUCGGCAAUGAUCGUGACGUCCUACCUUGUUCGGCUACAGCCCUUUGUCAAAUCGUACCUUCUCCUGCAGGGCGGCACCUUUGACCAUGCGGACCGCAUGUUCUUCUCGAUCGAAGGGGCGUGGCGGUCCGCAUCCCGGGUGAACAUGACCGACGUUCGAGAGCUGACGCCCGAGUUCUACUACCUGCCAGAGUUCCUGAUCAACAUCAACGACUUCGACUUCGGCACCAGACAAACUUUACAAUCUAUUGGCAACGUCGAGCUACCCCCGUGGGCGAAAGGGGAUCCCCGGAUCUUUAUCACAAAGCAGCGUGAGGCGCUCGAAAGUCCGUACGUCAGCCGCAAUCUACACAAAUGGAUCGACUUGAUCUUCGGUAGCAAACAGAAGGGCGAGGCGGCCGUCGAUGCCGUCAACGUGUUCCAUUAUCUCUCCUACCAGGGAGCGAAAGAUUUGGACAGCAUUACUGAUCCGAUGGAACGUCUGGCCACGAUCGGCAUCAUCCACAACUUCGGCCAGACCCCGUAUCAGACCUUCACCAAGCCUCAUCCCGCGCGAGAACAGACUCGUCACCGGUAUAAGCGAUUGGACACGGCUGCAGAGUCGUUGACUCGCAUUCCGUCCACCCUACUGGAAACUGGAGAAAGGGUGGCCUCGCUCAGAUACUCGCGGAAGUCGGAUCGCUUGCUGUGCUCCGGCCCAUUCAGACUCAACAUCCCUCCCGACUACGACACGUACCUUGAAUGGGGUUUCUCCGACAACAGUGUGCGGUUCUACUCGACCGAGAGUAGGAAGCAGCUGGGCCUCUUCGAACAUUUGCACAUUGGCCAGCUGUCUUGUGCCUUGUUCACAGACUCCAAGACACUCAUCACAGCUGGAACGGACUGCACCAUCGCCAUAUGGUCAGUCGUCGAGAGCGGCAAGACGAUCGAAUUACAUCCUCGAGCCACCCUGUUUGGCCACCGCAAGACAGUGAGUGUUCUAGCAACCUCACGGUCGUUCAAUGCAUUGCUGUCAGCGUCAACCGAUGGGCAAGUGAUGCUCUGGGACCUCAAUCGAUGUGAGUUCAUCCGCAAAUUGGGCGAUGAGCAGCAGGUGCAAUGUGCAGCCAUCAACGAUGUGACAGGUAACGUUGUCCUUUGUCAUGGCCACGAGAUUAGCAUGUAUACCUUGAACGGUGAUCUGCUCCUCCGCCAGGACUCCGGAGACCGGUCGCAGGACAGCAUUGUGUCCUGCGCAUGCUACGAAGGAGCGGGUAAUGAAUGGCUUGAACGUGACCUCGUCUUCACGGGCCACAAGAGGGGUCAAGUUCGGAUCUGGAGCAAAGUGGUCCGUGGAGGACGGUUUGCACUGGAGCUCAUUCGACAGCUGAAUCAUGCCGACAGCAGCCGGGAUGAUGGGGCAAAUGUCGGUGCAGGGAUCAGUUGCAUCCUGCCGAUGGCACAGGUCGUCUACACUGGAGAUGAAGACGGGCGAGUGUAUGAAUGGAACUGUGUGCAGAGGCACUAA